AUGGGUAAAUAUCGAAAAAGAUUUAAUGAAAAGGCCAGGUCUGGCAUGGUUGCGAAGCAACUGGCCUUGAAAAAGGUUAGAAAUAAAAGUUUUCAACAGGAUGAUGAGGAAGUGCAACCUACUACUACAGAUGUGCCUUUGGACCCAAAUGCAGAGGUUCUGUUGCCUUUAACAACUGAAGAGAAAAUGGAAAGAAAAAGACAGUUGGAAGAAUUGCUCAAACCAGCAGAGACAAAAAUGUCUAGCUCAAAGCGAAAAAGAUUGGACAAAUAUAUUGUAAGUGUCUAG